AUGUACCUCAAUCCCGUGUUCCUCAGCCUUUGGCUCUUGGCUUCGAUGAUACAUGCUAUCCCUAUAAACUCAACACACACCAUCCUAAAUACCAUCUCCUCCCAUAUCUCUUCUUUCAAAGAAUAUGCCUGGCCUCAACCAAUCAUCCACAUUCACUUCCUCCCUGGUGCCUCCGGCGAACCCUACUACGAACCCUACCCCAAUACCGUCCAACCCGCAGGUCUCGUGCCCCGAAUCCGCCAAGUAAUGGCGAUGCAUUUCCAAUUUGUCGAUUCAUCUUGGCAAUUUCGAUUCCGGAAUGGGUAUAAUGGGAGUGAGGAACUAACGGGAUUUACGGUGAAUUUUACGGGUCCAGUAAAUGAAAACUGCAUGGAAGGGCGUUGGUGUACCAUGGCUAUAUGA